AUGUUUUAUCAAAUAGAAAAUAAAAAAGAACUUGAAGAACUUUUGAAAAAUGAAAGUUGUAAAGAAGCUAAGAAUUUUUUAAAACAAGAUGAAUAUACAUUGUCAGAUAUUAAAAAACUAAAAGAUUCAUUACCAAAAGAUUUUCCAUUUUACAAAAUACUUGAUAUUUUUACUUUUUGUAAACCAAAAAUACACGUGACAAGUGAAGAUUUUAAAAAAUUGACUGAAAAAUUAAAAAUUGAACAAGAAAAUAAGGCAUACAGAGAGAUGACAAAGGAAGUUGACUCAUCUCAACAUUUUGGAAAAUUUGAUUUAAUGUCUGACUUUGGAAAAGAAUUAAAAGAAGUCAACCGUCAGGGAAUUGCCAUUUUUAAUACUCUUAUUACAGUGGGUGGUUCAUUUGCCUUUGGAUUUUAUGGAAUAACUUUUAUGUAUCCAGGUUUAAAUUUAUCUUUCGAAGUACGUUUAAUAAUUGGCCUUAUCAUUGCUACAGUAGUCUUUUUUGCUGAUUUAUAUUUUAUCAUAAAAAAUAUGGAUGGAAAAGAGAUAACUAAAAGUAAUAAAAUGUAUAAAAGAAGAAAAAAUGUUAAUAUUAGUGAAAAAAUAUUAUCAAGUCAAAACAGUGACAAAAAUGAAAAAAGUGACAAAAAUGAAAAAAGUGGAAAAAAUGAAAAAAAUAAAGAAAGAAAUAUACCAAAAGUAGUUUGUAUAUGGCAUCAACUAUAUAUUCCUUAUGCUUACAAUAAAUACUUUGGACAAAUUUUUAUAUAUUUAACAAAUUAUAACAAUAAUAAAAAAAUACUUUAA